AUGAAGACAGGGGUUAGUUCUACGAAAAGCCUUCCAAAGCAAGCUACCAUUCAAAUGUUGUCGGCGUUGAUUGCUUGCUCACAAUCGUCCACUGAAAGCAAGAGUGAACAAGUACAAUAUUACCAGUUACAACAGCAUGUUUCUUACUUUAGCGCAGAUUACAAAAAUCAUCGGAACAAAAUCCAUGCAAAACUAACACUUCUUAAUCUUGUUACUUCUUUGUUAACAUUGCUUCUUCUUGCAAUAUAUUGGGGGUCAUAUUAUGAGAUUCAAGACAACAUGAAAGAAUUAAAAAUGUUGGUGGUGAUUGGUGAUGAAAACACUAUUGAUGGAAUACCCUCAGCCUUUGGAAAUGCUAUGAAGGAAGUACUACAACGUCCCCAGUCGAAAGCAAGUGGAGAUUGGCAUAUUUUCAAAGAAAGCGAGUUUAAACAGCUAGCAGAAGAUCAUGACAACACAAUUAGAGGAGAAAUUAUCAGGCGUGUGCAUCAUCAAUUGUACUGGGCAGCAAUAUAUGUCAAACCCAAUGCAAGUUAUAACUACCACCAAGCAUUAGUCAACGGAGACACAAAGUAUAAUGCAUCUGACAACACUGUGGCUGUAUAUUAUGAAACUGGUCGUGAUAGUACUAUAAUUGGACUGUAUGUUUUGCCACAAAUUCAGAAAAUUGAAAAGCUUUGGUUUAACAAACUUCCUGUGCUAACCGCCCGAAUUGUUGACAUCACCAUUCAAUCCAAGGCACAGAAGUUGGUGCUCACGCAACCACUUCUGUUUACUGUAUUUGAUGGAGCACCGUACUCACAAUACAUUUUAAAUGCUCCUUUACAAAUAGGCAUUAUUCAGUUGAUUAUGGUUUCAUUUUUCCAAUUCAACUUUUUUGCAAGCCCGCACCAGAAAGUGGCCCAAUCUCCAGUAAAAAGAGCUCAUUAUGUUGUUUACAGAUACAUUUCUUCCCUCUUAUCAUUCUGCUUUUUUUCACUAAUUUUCGGGCUUGUUUCAUUAGCUUAUCAGGCAGACUUUACCAGCACUUUUGGAAAAUCGGGAUUUUUGGUGUAUUGGGGUAUCACAUUCCUCACAAUGUGUGCAGUUGGGUUUGCAAACGAGAUUAUGGCUUUGUUGAUCAUCCCCAUAUACCCACCGUUAUUAGGAUAUUGGCUUGUGUUUUGGGUCAUCAUUAAUGUUGCGCCUUCUUACAAUGCCAUGUCUUUAACCAACAAUUUCUACAGGUACGGUUAUGCUACACCAAUGUAUAACGGAUACGAAGCAACCAAGGUUAUUUUUUUCGAUCUUUACAAGGGAAAUUUAGGACGUAAUAUUGGCAUAUUAAUUGCUUGGAUCGUGGUGUUGUCGAUGGCAUUUCCAUUUGCAUUAACGAGGUUCAAUACGUUGAGUAACAAUAGAGCGGCUACCAUAGAGCCCAAGGAGUGUUCUUCGGGCACAAAUUCAGAAGAAAUGAAGCAAGAAGGAAGAUGA